CAUUAGCUGUGAUAUAUAUUUUUAAUAAUAUAAAUGGCACAGAAUCUUUAAUUAUUUAUUACAGAAAUGCAAAAUUAUUAUGCACAGAAAUUGAAUUUGUCAUAGACGGAAUUGGCUACUAUCGUCCCUGGUUCUGGUUUGAUACAACCAAUUACAUUCAAGACUUUCAUA